UGCGACUUCCUUCAAGUUGUUUUACUUUGCAAGUGAAGACCGGAAACACUUGUGCCGCGUGAUCCGCUGCGCCUGUGCAAAUGUGUGCGCGUGAAAGUGUGUGCUCGUGACCGGGAGUCGCAUCUCUUCCUUCUCCGCGGCGCCACGCUGCGAUGCGGCACCGCAGCCGGCGACCCGGACCGGUCCAGACGCGCGAGGACAACUCUUGGGUGAGGCUUCAGUUGGGCUCGGCUGAGCGAGGUCGGACUCGCAGACGUCAUGCCGCAGGGAGCUAGCCGCUAGCAUCGAAGCUAUGAGCGGCGACGGCGCAGGAGGAGGCGCCAUCAGUCGCCGCAUCAAGAACCUGCUCAGAUCGCCGUCAAUCAAGCUUCGGGGGCGGGGCCGAGCAACACGUCAUCAGCUGGGCGACAAGGUGACCUUGGAGAAAGUUCUGGGCAUCACGGCGCCCGGCAACCGCGCACUGUCGUGUGACCCCAAGACUGGACUCUUGGCAUAUCCCGCCGGGUGCGUCGUGGUCCUGCUGCAUCCUCGCAAGAACAAGCAACGUCACAUCUUCAACGCAUCGAGGAAGACCAUUACCACCUUGGCCUUCUCGCCCGACGGCAAGCAUGUCGUCACCGGCGAGAGCGGCCACAUGCCGGCGGUGCGCGUGUGGGAGGUGGCGAGCGGCGUGCAGGCGGCGUCCCUCCAGGAGCACAAAUACGGCGUGGCCUGCGUGGCCUUCUCCCCCAACGCCAAGUACAUCGUCAGCGUCGGCUACCAGCACGAUAUGUUGGUGCACGUGUGGAACUGGAAAAAAGGCGUGGUGGUGGCGGCCAACAAGGUGUCGAGUAAAGUGACGGCCGUGUCCUUCUCGCACGACUCGUCCUACUUUGUGACGGCGGGCAACCGACACGUCAAGUUCUGGUACCUGGACCACAGCGGGACCUCCAAGGUCGGCGCCGCCGUGCCGCUGCUGGGCCGCUCGGCGCUGCUGGGGGAACUGAAGAACAACUUUUUCUGCGACGUGGCGUGCGGCCGAGGAGCGCGGGCGUCCUCCACCUUCUGCAUCAGCGCCUCGGGCCUCCUGGUGCAGCUGGACCAGCGCCGCACGCUCCACAAGUGGGUGGAGCUACGCGCGUCGGCGGCCACGUGCUUGUGCGUGACGGACGAGCUGAUCUUCUGCGGCUGCUCGGACGGCGCCGUGCGCGCCUUCAGCCCGCACACGCUGCACUUCCUCUGCACGCUGCCGCGCCCGCACUUCCUGGGCGUCGACGUCGCCGCCAUGACCGAUGCCAGUGGUCUGUUCUGCGCGCGCCCCGACGCCCGCUACCCCGACACGGUGGCGCUGACCUACGACCCCAGCGGCGGUUGGCUGUCGUGCGUCUACAGCGAUCACAGCGUCUACGUGUGGGACGCGGGCGACCUCCGAGAGCCGCGCCGGGUGGGCAAGCUCUACUCGGCGCUCUACCACGCCGCCUGCGUGUGGAGUCUGGAGGUGUUCCCCGAAGACGGACGAGAGGCGGGGAAGACGGCGCUCCCUUCGGGCUGCUUCCUGUCGUGCUCGUCGGACAACACCAUCCGUGUGUGGAACGUCGACGGUCGACGCUUUCCCGCCAACGUCCUCAGCCACGAUCUUCACAAGGUCAUUUACGUGGAGGACAACCCGUCCGGCCUGCUGGACGCGGCCAGCGUCUCCUUGGCCGCCGUCGGCGAGAAGGCGGGGCAAAGCGCCCCCCCCGAGGCCCUGACGGCCGACCAGAGCCGCGCCGGCAUCCGCUCGCUGACGGUCAGUCCCGACGGGCGGCACCUGGCCUCGGGGGACCGCGUGGGCGUCCUCAGGGUGCACGACGUGCAAACCAUGAAGGAGAUCGUCAACGUUCAAGCUCACGACGGCGAAAUUCUUUCCCUGGACUUCUCCCGAAGCGACACGGGUGUGCAGUUUCUGGCCACCGCCAGUCGCGAUCGCCUGAUCCACGUGCUGGACGCGGCCCGCGACUACCGUUUGGUCCAGACCCUGGACGAGCACUCGUCUUCCAUCACGGCGGUCAGAUUCGCAGCCAACCAGGGCAAAGUGCGGCUCAUCAGCUGCGGCGCCGACAAGAGCGUGUACUUCCGCACGGGCCAGCAGACGGACGGCGACGUGGCGUUCACGCGAACGCAUCACGUGGUGAGGAAGAGCACGCUGUACGACAUGGACGUGGAGCCCACCAGGAAGUACGCCGCCAUUGGUUGCCAGGACCGCAGCAUCAGGAUCUUCAACAUCAGCAACAGCAAGCAGAAGAAAAUCUACAAAGGGUCUCGGGGAGAAGACGGAACGCUCAUCAAGGUGCAGAUCGACCCGUCAGGCCUCUACAUCGCCACCUCCUGUUCGGACAAGAGCAUCAACAUCUUUGAUUUCUACUCUGGCGAGUGUGUGGCCACCAUGUUUGGACACUCGGAGGUGGUCACUGGCCUCAAGUUCAGCAGCGACUGCACGCGCCUCAUCAGCGUGUCGGGCGACAGCUGCAUCUUCGUUUGGCGUCUCAGUCCCGAGCUGACCCUGCGGAUGCGUCGGCGCGUGGCUGACCUGAAGGUUCCGGGGCGGGGCCGCUCGGGGAAGCCCCCCGGGGAGGCGGGGGCCCCUCGCGUCGUCGCCAUGUCGUCAGAGGAGGAGGAGGAGGAAGAGGAGGGUGCGUGUUGCCAUAGUAACGUCAUCAAGCUUGCUCACCGAUAUAAAGCCGCGUCUGUGUUUUGUUUUCCCCUCAGCCGAGGCGUCACGUGGCACCAAGAUGGUGAGUUGACUUUUCAGCGGCGCUCUUUUCAUGUUAGCCCUUCUUCCCCCCCCCCCACCCCGUCCCCUCCUCAGGCCCCACCAGACGGGCGACUGCCUCGCCGCCGCUGGGCCCGGACCUCGUGCGGUGACGACGCCGGCGACGUUGCCAUGGUGACAUCCAUGUUGGACCUCAGACAGCUGGACUCGUACUGCUCCACUGGCGGCUUGCCGACGCUCCCACUCGACGACGGCCUCGCGCCGUGCGGCCCCCGGGGCAUCUGGAUCUCGGGGGCGGGGCUUCACAGGGCCGAUCAGCAGCUGGGAAGUCGCCUCAGUCUCCAGGUGGAGCACACGGAGGUGCUGGCCGAUCCCAGGCCGGACUUCACCUCGCUGUCCCACCCGACGGCGGAGAGGGAGCCGCCCGUGCUGUUUCCUGACCAAUGGGAGGACAGAGUGAGCCCGAGCGGCGACUUUGAGGUGAAGGCCGCCAGUCCUCCGAGCGGACAGGACGACAAACCCAGUCCGGACAGCGGUUGCUCUCUCAGAUUCAACUCCAGGACCUCCAGUCCUGACAGGACGGCGGCCAAAAACGAGGAGCCGACGGAUCGCCUCAGCGAUGACGCCGACUCCUUGGACGAGGACGAGGACGCCGGCCCGGUCCCGCAGACUCCGGACCAGGAGGCCUUCCUCAAGAAACACUUUGCCACGCUGGCCGACGUGGCGGAGGGACCCACCGCAAGCGCUCGCAGCUCCAGCGAGAGCCUCAGCAUGUCAUCCAGGUUCCUCUGCCAGAGCUCCUCUGCCAGCCUAACCGUCCCCAAGAUAGACGCUUCGGAAACCGCGUCCUACCCUGAGGUUCGGGAACAGGAACCGAGCAUGACGCGGACUUCCGGCCAAACAGGAAGUUGUCGGCCAGAACAGGAGGAGGAGGAGGAACAGGACCUCGCCACUUCCACAGAAAAGGAGUCGGCCCAUUGGCGGAUCGCGGCUGGCACGGACGGCGCGAUCCUUCGGCGUCCCACCUCCCUCCCCUCGGCCCCCCGACGCACCGCCGCCGCAGCCCAGCCGCAUCAGAUCCUCGGCUCCGACGGCCCCGGGUCUCCCCGCCGGGCGAUUGCCGCCGCGACGCCGCCCCGGAAGAGCUCGCCCCCCUCGGCGGGCCCCCUGCGCUCUUACAUGAGUCCGACCGCCAGCUCCGCCGCCAAAAUGUCUCGCUCCGCCUCGCUGGGCGACGCCCUCAACCGAGUGGGACUGACGGCGUCGGGCGCUUGCCGAUCCCCCACUGCCGCCGCCCCCGCCGCGUCUUCUUCUUCCUCGCCGGGUUGCCAAGGUAACCAGGCCUCCCCGCUGCCCCGCCGCCUCCUGCCGCCUGACAAACCUUGCGUGGCGUCCGCGGAGUGCACCGCACCUUCCGGGCCCCCGCCGCCCGCUCCCGAGCCGCAGGACGACGCAGACCCGCCGACCCGGAUUGAUUCCUGCCGAGCGCUGACCACUCAGUUGCUGAGCUGCUUCAAGCGAACCACCCACCUCUACAGGAAGGUGAGCGGCACUUGUUCGGACGACGGCGACCCUGAGGACAGGCAAAUGGCUGCUCUCCUGUCUGAAGCCCUCCAGGCCAUGAGGGCGGAGCUCCAGUCGCUGCCGCUGGGACCGGGCGGCGGCGACGGCGGUGACGCCGGGACCCUCGCGGGGACGGCGGACCGGGAAAGGACGGCGGCUCUCCUGGAGGAGUACUCCAUGCUGCUUCUGCAAGCUGUUCACAGGAAGCUGGGACCCCUCCCACCCUCCUAGGACCCCAAUCAACCUCCCCUCCCCCUUUUUUUUCUCACCAUUUUCAACAUCACUUCCUGUUUAUGGGAGAGACUUCCUGUUGACUGUGUAGAGACGACUGCACUUUGACCGUUAACAAUCACUUCCUGUUCUCUGGAACCAUUGAACCCAAAUGGAUGAUUGACAGACAUCUGACCCCCCAGGAGAACAAGGUGCACAAGUCACAUGACUUCUUUGGCUUUUUAAAAAUGUUCUUAAAUAAAUGUUUUCAUUAAAA